UGUCUGCUCCUCUGCCCUUCCAUUGAUAAGACGCGGCUGAUUGUGGUAAAUGCACUUCAGCACAUGCUGGUGGGAGGAUCGACUAUAAAACAUACUUCGCGUGUCAGGUAGUCAUCAGUGUGCACAGCCUCUCGGGAUAAUACAACACAGUCGCACCUUCCCUCUUCAUUUGCGCACCGCACAGAAAAAUGCACUUGCAUCCCACAAUGAGGGUGCUUGCAGUUUUGCUAGCUGCUCUGGCGAUUACCGCCGACGCAGCCGUGACGAAGGGCAAAAGUGCUGCUGCCAAGAAGCGAGAGGCUCCGAUCGCCAGCGCCAACACGCCGUCUACCUCCUAUGGUCCUCCCGCGUUCUCGCCUGGUAGACCCAUCAACACCGGCAGCUCGCCCAACAGCAGGAACGGUCAGACUGUUGCUUCCUUCCCGCAGUCGCAGCCGUCCAACUCCUACGGCGCUCCUUCUCAGCAGAGCCCUGGAUUCGGAGGACUGUCCGGAGGUCAAGGCAGCGGUCGUCUGCCCUCCUCCUUUGGUUCAUCUGGAAACAACGCACCUCGCCAGUUCAGCGCUCCCUCGUCGUCUUAUGGCGCCCCUAGCGCCCCAUCCGGCGGUGGUUUUGGCGGACAGCAGCCUUCCUCAUCUUAUGGCGCACCCUCCGGACCCAGACCUGCAGCCCCCCAGCAACCCUCGCAGAGCUAUGGUGCCCCUAGCGCUCCCCAGCAGUCCUCGCAGGGCUUUGGCGCUCCCAGCGCCCAGCGUCCUUCCCAGUCUUAUGGAGCACCCAGCAGCGGCCCCAGCGGCGGAUUCGGAGCACCCAGCGGCGGUGCCGGAGGAUUUGGUACUCAACAGCCAUCCGGUCUGUACGGCGCCCCCAGUGCUGGUAGGCCUCAGCAACCUUCUCAACAAUAUGGCGCACCUAGCGGCGGUGGAAGGCAGGGAGGAUUCGGCGGACAGCAGCAGCAACAGCAGCAGCCCUCGCAGUCUUACGGCGCACCUAGCAACGCAGGCCCCUCAGGUUUUGGAGGCCAGUCCUCUGGAAGCUCUGGUGGAUUUGGAAGUCAGCAACCCUCUUCUAGCUACGGUGCACCUUCCUCAGGUUCUAGGCCGACUUCCGCUCAGCCCUCUCAAUCGUACGGCGCUCCCAGUGCUAGUCCCAGCGGUGGAUUUGGAGGUCAGCAGCCCUCUUCUAGCUACGGUGCACCUUCCUCAGGUUCUAGGCCCUCUUCCGCUCAGCCCUCUCAAUCGUACGGCGCUCCCAGUGCUGGUCCUGCUUCUGGAUUUGGACAGCAGCCUUCCCAGUCCUUUGGAGCUCCUGGCAAUGCCGCCCCUCAGCAGCCCUCUCAAUCGUACGGUGUCCCCAGUGCUGGAUUUGGCCAGCAGCAGUCGUCAUUCGGCAACCAGAAUAAUAAUGCUGGCGGAUCAGGAUACCCUAGAGGUGGCGCAAGCCAGCCUAGUUUCUCGGCUCCUGCCUCAACUUACGGCGCCCCUCAACAGUCCGGCCCAUCUUUCGGCACCCCAAACUCCGCUCCCCAGCAGCCUUCUCAGACUUAUGGAACCCCUAACUCCGCACCUCAAGCCCCAUCCCAGCAGUAUGGAGCUCCCAGCGCCGCACCCCAAGGCCCGACCCCUGCUGCCUCAAACCCUCGUCAACAGGCCCCGUCCCAAUCAUAUGGAGCACCUAACGCCGCGCCCCAGGCACCAUCUCAAUCGUAUGGAGCGCCCAGCAGAAAUACUGGAGCUGCUCAAGCGCCUUCUCAGUCGUACGGAACACCCAACAAUGGCAACUUUGGUCUUGGUCCUGCUAGCAACACCUAUGCUAACGACCCCAGGCAGAACACACUGAGCAACCAGCAGCAAUUCGGAGGCGCCAGCAGCGGUGGCUUCGGAGGAUACCCAUCUGGAGGCUCCAGCCCAGCCCAGCAGCCCUCUCAGUCGUACGGUGCCCCUAGCUCUGCCCCUGCUGGCGGUGCUCAGCAACAAGGAGGCUACCCCAGUGGAAACCAGGGCGGCUACCCUCAAGGAGGACCAAGCCAGGGCGGAUUUUCUGCUCCUUCCCAGAACUAUGGAGCGCCCUCUGCUGGAGGAAACAACUUCGGUCCCCAGCAGCAACCUUCCCAGAACUACGGCGCCCCCAGCGCAGGAGGCAACAACUUUGGCGCUCAGCAGCCGCAGCAGCCUUCCUCGACCUACGGCGCGCCUAACCAGCGUCCUUCUGCACCGUCCAGCCAGCCAGCCCAAGGUUUCGGCGGAAACGCCGGAUUCGGUGGCUCACCGUCCCCAACAUUCGGCUCUCCCUCCCCUCAGGCUCCAGGUAGCAACUAUGGAGCUCCCGCCCAAGGAGGUUCCAACAGUGGUCCCUAUUCUCCCGCAGGAGUACCCUCUGGACCCCGCUUCAACGCUGAGCAGGUUCCCCAGAACUUCGGUGCUUCUCAGGACAACUUCAAUGCGGGUGGAAGCAGAGCCGCUCCCUCCCCCAACUACGGAACACCUUCCCACCGUGGCCCGACCGGAUCGCAAGGAUAUGUCUACUAAGUUAUUGAAAUAUCGCAUUUGUGUGUAAUUAUUACUGUUUUGUAGCUAUCUCAUUUUGUACAAAACUUGCACUCCUAAAAAAUUGCAAAUUAAUUUAUGUUCCUCGUUUAUAUGUCUUGUUGUAAAUCUUUGUAAACAAAUAAACAAUGAAUUAACAUUAAAA